CGCAGGUCAGCCCCUUCCAGUUCCGGAGCAGCGGCGCCUCAGGUCCCGGUGGUGGCGGAGGCUUCUGAUCGGCGCUAUGGCUCGAAACGCGGAGAAGGCCAUGACGGCCUUGGCCAGGUUCAGGCAAGCUCAGCUUGAGGAAGGGAAGGUGAAGGAACGAAGACCUUUCCUUGCCUCAGAGUGCAAUGAAUUGCCUAAAGCUGAGAAAUGGAGGAGACAGAUCAUUGGAGAAAUAUCCAAGAAAGUGGCACAGAUUCAGAAUGCUGGAUUAGGUGAAUUCAGAAUUCGGGACCUGAAUGAUGAAAUAAACAAACUUCUGAGGGAGAAAGGCCACUGGGAAUUCAGAAUAAAGGAGCUCGGAGGCCCUGACUAUGCUAGGAUUGGCCCGAAAAUGUUAGAUCAUGAGGGGAAAGAAGUUCCAGGAAACAGAGGUUACAAAUAUUUUGGAGCUGCAAAGGAUUUACCAGGAGUUAGAGAACUUUUUGAGAAGGAACCCCUCCCACCACCUCGGAAGACUCGAGCUGAGCUUAUGAAAUCCAUUGAUGCAGAAUACUAUGGCUACAGGGAUGAAGAUGAUGGUAUUCUGGAGCCACUGGAGCAAGAACAUGAAAAGAAAGUUAUAGCAGAAGCAGUGGAAAAAUGGAAAAAGGAGAGAGAAGCACGGCUUGCAAGAGGUGAGGAGGAAGAGGAGGAAGAAGAAAAUAUUUAUGCUGUCGAUGAUGAGUCUGAUGAGGAAAGUGGCAAGGAUAAAGAAGGUGAAGAAGGCCAACAGAAGUUUAUUGCACAUGUUCCAGUGCCAUCUCAACAGGAGAUUGAAGAAGCUCUUGUGCGGAGAAAGAAGAUGGAGCUUCUGCAGAAGUAUGCCAGUGAAACCCUGAUGGCACAGAGUGAAGAAGCAAAAACACUUCUAGGAUUGUGAGAUUGCAUUAGUAUGUCCAGGGUUUUACCUCAUCCAUCUUAAAGCAACAGGCUGAUGUGUUCUGGUAGCAAUCAGGUUUAGUUCUGAAAGUCCCUUGGGAUUUUAGGAGUGAACUGAGGAAGUUACAGUGUGAUUUGUGGAAGAACCACCAUCAAACAUGUCUUAGUGAGUGCCAAAAAAAGCUCAGACCCCAGUUAACUUGACUCUGCAUCUUCAGCAACUGUCUUCAGUCCUUUCACUUUGUAGAGCAGUCUGUGCACUGGUGCCUUGUAGAGAUUGAACCAUGGACCCAAUCACUCCUUAGAUCCUGAUGGAAAACUGAUGAUGUGUCUGCCAUGCUGCCUGCGAUAUCCUGCCUGCACACAUCUUUCUCAUGUUCAUUUUUGCUGACCUGAGCCCAGAAGUAACUUGGUCUGUUACCUCUGGGUAGUUCACAGGAUAGCCAAGAAUCCACUCAGAGGUACCUGAUGGCAGAUCUUAGGAAUGGCUUUGCAGUUGGUUUGGUUGUUUGUAUAACACAUGCAAUAUGUCUCAGAGCUGUUACUCUUUUUGUGGUUUUUAACCAUGCUUGGGUGAAUUGCUUAAGUGCUGGAUAUUUCAGCAGUUAUUGUAAAUACUUCUGACUUUGCAAUACCUUGUUCAAACAUUUUUAGUAAAACUUCCAUGCAAA